AACACUGCAAAGUUCGCACCUACAUGUAACUUGUUGUAGGUAGUUUUUGCAGUUUUGUGUUCAAUUCGUGAUACAUAAAAGAUUAAAAACGUUAUUUUUUUUUUAUCUAUUAAUUUUAUUUUUUAGUUUUGAACGAAGAAACAGGAAACGUUUUUGUAUAACUAAAUAUUUUGUGAAAUAUAUAAUCCACGUUGCAAUCCGUGAAACCAUUAUAAAAGCCAUUUUCUUUACUACGGACACGAUUAAAAGUGCAAGAUCCACAUAGAAAAUCAUGAUUUAUUCGAGUUUUUGUACUAGUAUAUUUGCUGUGCUUGUGUUUCUAUUACUGUGUUAACUUGUAGUGAAAAAUAUAUAUGUAUUAAAAUACUUGAUUAAUUUUUUAUUUAUUUUGAUUUGAUUAAUUUUUUCUAAAGACCAUCUUUAUUGCUUAUGAAGAUUGUAUGUGAAAGUGGAACAUAUUUAAUGACAAUGCAGAUUGUGGUAAGAUUUUUCCUUGUUGCUGCCCAAAUAUUUUACAGUUGUGGAAAAGUUAUUCUUUUACGUGGAGAAUCACAUCAUACCAAUUCAUCUGUAAGUGAGAGAAAAUAUAUAUGUCUCUCAGAAGACGACGGCGGCGCACUUGUAUGGAAUGACAAUUUAGUUCUUCGAUAUCAGCAAGAAAAAUAUCGUACUGAUUUGCAGUUUCACAGUAGUCAUCUAUACAAUACCUCGAUAAAUUGCAAAAUGAACGCAACAAAAUGUUUAGAAUCCUGGGAUCGAAGAAACUGGGAUCUUACAAAUUCUAUAAAAACACCCAUGGGUCCGGUAUUUGAUCAAAGAUGGGAAGAAUUCCAAGAAUUCAAUUAUUUGUCUGAGCAACAACCAGAAUUUUACGGACAUUUAGGAGCAAUGUCUGUUUCAAUUCGUUCAGGACAGAACGUGCAGAUUUGGUUGUGUAAUGUUUUAAGGUAUUCUCCAACAAAUUCAUCUGGUACACAAAAAAGAAAGUGUUUUCGUAUAACAUUAAAAUACGAUAAUGCGGAUUCCACCAUUCAAAGCUGUAUUAUAUAUGAUAAGAAGAAUCUGACUCACCAUUGUUCUUACAACAUAAUUAGUAAAAGAUUACUGUCAUUAUCUGAAACUGAAUGGCGAACAUUUCUCAUUUCAUGGAAUACUUCGAAGAAAAAUGUUACUGUUUAUGAUACAAAUGAUAAGAACAAAGUGCUUACAUUUAAAGAUACAGAAAUAUUUAACUCAACUUUAUAUAGAUUCUAUUACUUCUUCAUCACAGCACAGAAUUUACAAAAAGUGGUGUAUCGAUUUCAUGACUAUUAUUUUCUGCACACAGUUGACAAGAAUGCAAAUUUAAUGAGUCCUAUUUAUUAUUUUGAUACUCUAAAGACAUGCAUACAAUUAGUACUAGGCUUGUGCGCAGAAUGUGAUGCAGACGUCGAGAUAAUUCAUUCAACGACAAAUACAAUAUUAAAAUCUGUAACAGCUAAAGGCUCACUAAAUGCUGCGAUUCAUGGCUUACCUAUGUGGCAACUCAUUAAAUUUAAUGAAACUUUUUCAACGGUCAACUUUAGUGGUGGUGUGAAAAUAAAUGUAAUUCCCAAACUCUCAAAGCCUAAUCCCAGUCCGUUAUGGGCAAUAGCCGAUGUUCGUGAAUGCUCCAAUACAGAGGUUUUGAGAAAAGGAGUUAUUUCGCAAAUAAACAAUGAAUCUAAUUCGUGGUUGAAUCUAACAUGUCAAAAGUUAUUUUUCAAUAAAAAUACUGUCGUAAGUUCUUUAUCAAAACCAACAAUCAGCAUAGAUCUAGAUGACAAAAUUUGUCCUGAGGGAAAAAUUGGACCAGAAUGUUCCUUUUCCUGCAAACAUGAUUUAGACAGUUCUUCUAACUGCAAUGGAACUGCAAUCUGUUACAACACCGGUUGCUUAUGUUAUCCAGGAUUUCAAGGCGAUACAUGUUCUGAUGUAUGUGACGACAAUUGGUAUGCGAUACAAACUUUCAACAUACUGUCCACGGAAAAUAGCAUAAGUAUUGAUUGGCAAAACAAUUCACAUCACUUAUUUCCGUGUCCAGCACAUUGGUAUUCUGUAACCCUCCAUAAUAGAAAUACAGGCGAGAAUAUUCGUAACUCAACAGUUCUCACUUUUCCUCAUGAAGUGUCAGAUUUACCGCCAUAUAGUCCUUUCAAUGUGAUUAUAAUUCAUCCGCAACUUGCUCACACAACCAUAAAACGUAGCUACAUGUUUUUCACUUAUAUUCGUACCUUACGAAGCGCUGCAACAAGAGAAUUAGAUAUUCAAUAUGUUGCAAACUCGAGCACACAAGUUACUAUAAAAUGGAACUCUCCAAAUCACUUAAACGUAGUGCUGUAUGAAAUAACAUUAAAGAUUACUGUGUACUAUGGCUGUGAAGAUUUAAAUGAAACCACAUCGGUUGCACCUAGUAAAACCUAUACUACAUCCGAAACAGUAAUCACAUUCUCAGAUUUACAUCCGUACGCUUCUUACACAGUAAAAGUGACUGCACAUGAAUCUCCGAAAAGCAGUUAUGGCGCAGAAAUAACUUUUAAUACAAACAAAUCUGACAUACCAACAGAAGUGUUUACAGAUUUAAAAGCACACAAGUGGACAUUAUCAUGGAAGCCACCUACAGAUUGCUCGACGAUUUCGGGACCCUUAAACGCUAAAAUAAAAAUUAGAGGAGUUAGUACAGCUGUAAAACAUUUCAGUGCAAUUGAAUUUACAUCGCGCUGGUCUAUUGACUUAACUAUACUGAAUCCACCACUACUUAGUAACGAGGUAUAUCGAGCAACUGUUUAUGUAAUAAGAGAAUAUAAUAGUACAGAGAAUUCCUCAGUUUAUCAANAANNNNACUUCANAACNCCANCCACAGCUCCACCUGCAAUAGCAAAUCUNGAAAUUGUUGAGAUUGAUACUCGUUCAGUGCCACUUAUAUUACACUUGAGAUGGUUACGUCCACUUUUAACCUUAAAAAAUAAUGAUUCUUAUUAUAACGUUACUACUUAUUGCAAUCAAUAUGCCUAUUCCGUUAAAGUGAAUAUAAAUACCUUCUGUGAUUUGUGGCAAGAUUAUAUCUGCAGAAUAGUAUAUCUAGUUCAUGAACCAUGUUCCAACAUUCAGGUUUCGGAGAUAAAAAAAAAUGAUACAGAUGCGAGAUCACCGGCUAAUGUAUUUCAGGAAAUGUUUAAUAUUACAAAACCAGAGAAACCUGCAUUCUUUAAUUACACAAUACUCAAUAACAGUAUAGUCGAUUUACUAUGGCAUCAUCCUUGGAAGACAAGUCGUCAUCUACAAUGUUUUCUCAUCACCGUAGAAGAAAGUAUUUCAUAUCUGAAACAGCGCAUUUCUCAAUCAACCGCAAAAACAGAGUAUAUUUAUAGAGUAGAUAAAUAUAAACGUAAUUAUACCAAGCGUUUACAUUUAUAUCCAUCGACAGAGUAUCGAAUCUUAAUUCGAUCUAUGACAAUCACAAAAGAGACCAGUUUAUUUAAUUAUGUAAAUGUACAGACACCGUCAACCGCAAGAUUCAAUGACGUUUUUUUACACGUCGUACCGGACGAAUUUAAUUCUACGAUCAUGGUAUAUAUACCGCGUGUUCUUAAUGACACGUAUGAUAGUGAUUUGCACAUUAUUGUGAAAGGAUCUAAUCGAUGCAAGAAAUAUUUACAAGUACCUAAAAAUUUACAAAAACAAGCAAGUAUAAAAAACGAUGAUGUCGCUUGGCAAGCUGCUAAGAUCUCGACAGAUGAGAUUGCUCGCAACAAUUAUACUUUCAUAGUUGGUGACAACAAAACUUACGGAAAUGCUAGGAAUUGCCCACUACAACGUAAUCAAUCAAAUUCAACAAGCAUUGGGAACGUUCUAGGUCCACUACCAUAUGAAAUAUGGCUCAUUCCCAUAAUAUUACUGCUCAUUAUGGGUGCCACAGUCUAUUAUUUUUACCGAAGACGAAGACGACAAGUAUUUAAAGAGAUACUUUCACAAAACGAGAUGGAGGUGUGGCAAAAUGCUGAGAGAACGAAUGUCUUUAGUAAUAAUAGUAAUAUUUAGAUCAAUAAUAAUAAAAGUAGAAUUACUAUUAUAAUUAGUAACAUUUUUUAAUGAAUUACGCUCGAUAGCUAAAGUAAAACCCAACGUUGACAAACGCGCGUUACAAAACAUCUUGUGUGAACCAGGUCUAUGACAGUGAAAAAAAUGCUAGAACUUAACGCGUCGUAAGUUAAAUUUUGUACUAAGUUCUCAAAUUUAACACAUUACUGCCGAGACACGUACCAAGCUGAAUCUUUUUGAGACCAAAUCAUUAUAUUUGUUUGAGUUAAGUUUUAGGUUCUUCUUCAAAGAAAAAGAAGAGCAAAAUCUCUCUCUUGCUCAUACGUGUAAAAUACUAAUGUUUAAUACAAUCAAAAUAUUUUCUUCUCAAAUGUACCCUGUUUUGUUGUCACAAAACAAGGGUUAAUCUAUGAAAAGUUUUGUUAAAUAUCGGUUUACUAAAUACUGAGUGACGACUCAAGCAAAGGUCUUUUUAUAGUUACUUUAACAAUAAUUUUUCUAAUACAUGUAAAAGUAAAAAUACUUGAAAUGAUCUUUGCUAAUUAAAAAUUGUGCCAAUACUUUUGAAAAAUUAUACACAUAUUUAAUAGUAGAUGCUUUUGCGGUGAGAUAUUAAAAAUAUUUGAAAAUAGAUCGCCACACAUCAGAGACAAUGUAUACGACAAUCAGGCUUGUGUGUUCCUAAAACAUCUNCUUUUAUUAUCAUCAGAUAAAUUUGCGGUUACUUUUUAGCAAAUCUACACUUUUAAUCAAAAACUCGUCAUAUGAUAUUAGUAAAAUUUACAGUUUUGAAAAUCUUUUACAGAUUUCGUGGCAAUAUGUAAUUGAACCAUUAUUCAAUAUUUCCUGUUAAGUUGUAGAUAACUUUAGUCGUAAAAGUUUCUAAUGUAUUAAUUACAUUUAGCAGAUACAAAACCUAAUGAUACAUUAAAACAAGUUUGGUUUCUUUUCCACCACUUUUCUCUCUUAAUUAGUACAAUGAUAGUCCAAUUGUCGCGGUAACAUUGCAAAGUUUGCAAGUACACUUAAAUUAUCGUUCUAGUAACAGUUUUGUGUUUAAUGCGUGAAAUAUUGACUUGUAUAAUAUGAAUUCAGAUAACCAAGUCUGUCGAAACAGAUUUUGCCAAAUGCUUGUUACAAA